AUGACUUUUAGCAACAUGAACCAGGACGAGGGUCAUUGCACCUGUACAGUGAGGGCUUAUGAAUCAGACACCAAGGCUCCUGAGAGGGACAAGCAUACGGGGGAUCAGAGGCCUUCAACACCUUCUCCAUCACCCCAGCCUGCUGCUGAGAAGAACUCAUACCUUUACUCCACGGAGAUCACACUGUGGACAGUGGUGGCCGCCAUUCAGGCCUUGGAGAAGAAGGUGGAUUCCUGUCUGGUCCGCUUGCUGACUCUGGAAGGACGGACAGGGACAGCCGAGAAGAAGCUGGCUGACUGCGAGAAGACUACCAUGGAGUUCGGGAACCAGCUGGAGGGCAAGUGGGCCAUGCUGGGGACCCUGCUGCAGGAAUAUGGGUUGCUGCAGAGGCGGCUGGAGAAUGUGGAGAACCUGCUACGCAACAGAAACUUCUGGAUUUUACGACUGCCGCCAGGCAGCAAGGGAGAAACUCCCAAGGUGCCCGUGACCUUUGAUGAUGUGGCCGUGUAUUUCUCCGAGCAGGAGUGGGGCAAGUUGGAGAACUGGCAGAAGGAGCUCUACAAGCACGUGAUGAGGGGCAACUACGAGACGCUGGUCUCCCUGGAUUAUGCCAUCUCCAAACCAGACAUCCUCACCCGGAUAGAGAGGGGAGAGGAACCUUGUCCUGAAGACCAGUGGGGCCAGGAAAAGGGGAAUGAGGCAGAGGCAACACAUCCAAGGAAUCUGGGUGCUGACCUCCCUUCAUAUCCAGAGCAUGCUGCUGGCCCACUCAGCCCUGCCCAGGAGGAGAUGAAAGGGCAGGCCUCUGAGCAGCAGCGAGACUUGGAGGCAAGAGUGACCCCACCUGGGCCCGGCACUGGUGAUCGUGUGGCCACCAAGACAGAGGCACAAUCUGAGGACGGGAUGAUGCCUGAGCAGCUCUUUCGGGGGUCGUCCCAGAGCCAGACCGAGUGUAGAAUCCUCAGAGGGCCCAGGAACAGGACUGGGCGCCCCAGUCGGCAUCAUGCUGGAGGUUUGCCAAGAGUGCGGGCAGGGGAGACACGGCCACGGCCACCAGGGGCUGGGGAGGAGCCACCCCGAGUCCUCCCUCGACGGCGAGAACGGGCCUUCCCCUGCCCUGACUGUGGGCAGAGCUUCCGUCUAAAGAUUAACCUGACAAUUCAUCAGCGGACCCACGUGGAGGAGGAGCGCAGGGAGGCCCGCGGCAGCUCUCCCACUGGGUGGGAGGAAGGCCACUCCACCCUGGAGCCGGGAGAGGUGGUGGUGCCUGGCCCCGUCAUCCGCUGGCUCCCCGAGGAGCCUGAGGGCCACCGUUCCUUGGCAGGCUGUGCCUUCGUGGGGCGGAGGCCUACGCCCACCAAAGUGUACCACUGCAGUGAGUGCCUGCGCUUCUUCCAGCAGCGGAAGAGCCUGCUGUUGCACCAGCGCCUGCACACAGGCAACAGUCAGGGCUGGCCUGCCUGCCCCUACUGUGGCAAGGCCUUUCGCCGGCCCUCGGAUCUCUUCCGUCACCAGCGCAUCCACACGGGUGAGCGGCCCUACCAGUGCCCUCAGUGUGGCCGGACCUUCAACCGGCACCACCACCUGGCUGUCCACAUGCAGACUCAUGCCCGAGGGCAGGUGGGACCACACUUCCCUGUUUCUGCCCAGCAGGGAAGUCCAGCCCUGCCCCAUCCCAGCCACACUGAAGAGGGCUGA